UUUCUAACCGAGGCCGAAUGUGAUUACUCGGGUCAAAUCAGGAAAAGAUGGCGACGGGAGAACUGUUUCAACUCAUUGAACAUGAGCUGCCAGAAGGCCGCCAAAGCCUACAAGAGAGUUACAGUAACUUAGAAAGGGUGGCCGUUUAUUGUGAAACCAAUUAUGUUCAGAAUGCAGAUAAGAAGAAGGCAUUGGAUGAAACUAAGAAUUAUACAACCCAUUCUCUUGCUAGUGUAGCUUAUCAGAUUAAUAAUCUAGCUACCAACUUUCUGAAACUACUAGAUCUACAGAAUAAUCAACUGGCUGAAAUGGAAUCAAGCGUCAAUCAUUUAUCACAGAUUGUAAUGAUUCACAAAGAGAAAGUAGCUAGAAGAGAAAUUGGUGUUUUGACAACAAAUAAAAGUGCUUCCAGGCCUCUUGGUGUAAAAGGUGGCAUAAUAUUUCCAGAACAAACGGAGAGACCUAUCAAGUAUACACGGAAAGGCAUCGAUUACUCUGUACUAGAUGAUAUUGGUCAUGGUGUAAGGCUCCACAGUAAUGUUCCUAGAGCAGCCCGUAGUCCUUCUGUGACUAGUACCAGUUCCAGUAAUGCUCCUACCACCAAACCACCAACACCUCCAGUCAAUAGAACAGGUUCUGAUACACUAGGUCGAGUUAGAGGAAAUCACUAUCGUUCUGUAGCUCCUCCUGUUGCACCCCCAUCUAUACCCGCAUCACACUAUGGUUCUAAUCCAUACGGUGCACCAGGCAUGCAACAACAAAUGAGAUACGAGGCUGGUUACGCACCUUCACCUGUCAUGGGAACCAUUCAUUCCCCUCCACCUGUUGGCAUGGCAACACCUAUGACACAUGGAAUACCACCCUCACCUGGUAUGAUGAUGCAUUCUGCACCAAGCUUUCCUUAUCAACAAGAUCCUAAUUCAAUUGUAUCACCCCCUCCCCCACCACCCCCUGCUAUGAUGGGUGGUAAUCAAUUUAACUAUAAUACUAUAGCUGAUCCACCACCACCACCACAACAACAACAACACCAUUCUAUUAGCUCAGAACAAGAAGAAGAUCCUUAUGCUGCUACUGGACCACAAUUAACAGAUGCUAGCUGGCGACCAAAACAAUAUUUAGAAAAAGUUGUUGCUAUAUAUGACUAUGAAGCUGAUAAAGCUGAUGAAUUAGCAUUUUCUGAAAAUGCAGUAAUCUAUGUCAUUAAGAAGAAUGAUGAUGGAUGGUGGGAGGGAGUAAUGGAUGGAGUAACUGGUUUGUUCCCCUCUAACUAUGUUGAACCAUGCAUGUAAACAAUUAUUCUUUAUUAAACAAUACAAUGGAAUCUGACUAAACAAUCACCUAUAUAAACAAAUACAAUUUCACAGUCAUUAUAAACAAUAAACAAUUACAUUUUCACAGUCAAAAUACAGCAGCAAGAUACAAUAUCCUAGAAAAGAAUUGUCUUUCCUAAAGGGAAAAACAUAUAUUAUUUGAUAUGUAGUAUCAGGUGUAUUUCAAACAUGGUAGGUUAACCCUAUCCCAUACACAACAACCAUCACUACUAUUUAUUAAGAACUUCUUCAAUGUUUAUUUAAUUUAAGACAGAUUUCAUUGUCUUUGCCAAAUUUAAACAGUGUUUUCUAAGUCUUUAUUGUAAAUAUUACCUCACAUAUUAUACUCAAUCAUGCUUCUGUAUUGUAGAUAUUACCUCAAAUAAUACAUGCUUCUUUAUUUUCUUGUAAUUAAUUUUGUUUAAUGUAUCAUUAUUUUAUAGCAAUCACAUUUUUUUCACCUUUUUCAUUUUGUUUUUUUAAAUGAUAAAAUCAAGUCUUAUAGAUUUAUAUACAUGUAUCUUUAUUUGAGCUGUUUAUAACAUUAUUAUGUAUAUUUCCAUUCCCCCGAGGCUGCAGCUAUCAUAUACAUAUAUAAAAUCUAUCCCUAUGUAUGAUUUGUAUAAUCACCCUUAAUAUAUAUAUAGGUUUAUCAAACUCCCCCAGGACACACAAGCAGUAGCGAGAUUUGAUAUUUUUCAUACACUACAUGUACACUAGGAUGGUUUUAACUAGUUGUAGGUUAACUCCCCUUUCUUGACCCUGCAGAAAUGAAAUGGGGUUUAACAUCCUUCAUUAAUCAUCCCAUUGCUAUUCCAGGCUAACCGUAACCAUUUUCUCCCAAAUGCAAAUUCUCUACCCUGCUGUACUCAUUUUUAUGUGUGUUUAUUUAGCAUUCACUUCACCCAGACAAUAUCUCUUCAAAUACUGAUUCGGGGAUCACGUGGCUAAGUGGGUAAGACGCUAGCUCGCUAGCCUGGAGGUCGGGUGUUCGAUCCCUCCAUUGGCCGAGAAAGUCCAUCCAGAUUUUCCGGCGUGGUUCUCCCUUGUCAGUGAUGCAGGACGGAGGGGCUGACAAGGAAAGCUGUCUAGUCGUUCGGAUGGGACGAAAAACCGAGGUCCGGUGUACACAUUGGCGUGCACGUAAAAGAUCCCUUGGCAGUUGGAAUUCGAUAUAAGAGUAGGCCGUAGUGCCGCUGUCCGGGCAAAAUUUCCCUCAUAGCACACUGUAUGGCGUAUGCCCGUCUUCAUUAGCCCAGGUUAGGAGCAGAAAAGUAGGACGUUAAACUCCAUUUCAUUUCAAAUACUGAUUCAUAGCCUGAUUGAAGCCCUGGAGUAAUUCCUAGACAUACACUAUCAAAUAAAAUUGAUAUUGCUUUACUAAAGCAGUCUAAGAGUCCGCAUCACAUUAUAUUGUAUACAUGUAGUUAUAUUUUUGUUUUUACUGUAGUCCCCACAUUUUGUGUUCUGUUUUGCUCAUAAAAAGAAAAAGACUGAAUUAAUGAUUAUUAUUCAUUCAUAAUCCCAAGAUGGCCGUAUUAUUGUUACAUUGUUGAUUAUAUUAAACAACAGUUAUUUCAUCUUUAAAUAAGCAUUAUAUUAUUACUUGUUUAAACAUAUAUUUAUGAAUGAUCACAAGUUAAGCAUGCUUAUCUAUGUAUAUAUUUUCUUUUUAAAGCGGGG